CACGAGCAUUCACGGGCAGCAUUUCAGGACCCCUGACAGUUUAGAGCAGCUGCGUCACGACAGGAGCUCCUUUCAGUCACACAAUCGGAGCAUAGUGAGCUUCUCUGAAAACAAAGGGGAGAGGAGAUGCCAGGCCCAGGAGGAGCCGACCCAAAGGGAGAGGAUUUCUCCACUGCCAUCCUGAAGCAGAAACACAGACCCAAUCGACUGAUUGUGGACGAAGCGCUCAAUGAAGACAGCAGCAUUGUCAGCCUAUCGCAGAACAAGACGGAGGAGCUGCAGCUCUUCCGCGGGGACACCGUGGUGUUGAGAGGACGAAAACGGCGGCAGACUGUGUGCAUUGUCCUGACGGAUAACACCUGUGGGGAUGAGAGGAUUCGGAUGAACAGGGUGACGCGCAACAACCUGCGUGUCCGUCUUGGUGAUGUCAUCAGCAUCCAUGCCUGCCCUGAUAUCAAGUAUGGGAAAAAGAUCCAUGUCCUUCCUAUUGAUGACACCAUAGAGGGUCUGACAGGGAACCUGUUUGACGUUUUCCUCAAGCCAUAUUUUCUAGAAGCAUACCGGCCUGUACACAAAGGUGACAUUUUCUUGGUGAGGGGGGGCAUGCGAGCUGUAGAGUUCAAGGUGGUAGAGACGGACCCGAGCCCUCACUGCAUUGUUGCCCCAGACACUGUCAUCUACUGCGAAGGAGAGGCAAUCAAAAGAGAGGAUGAAGAGGAGAAUCUAAAUGAUGUCGGGUAUGAUGACAUCGGAGGCUGUCGGAAGCAGCUUGCUCAGAUCAAAGAGAUGGUGGAGCUUCCUCUCCGACAUCCAGGACUCUUCAAGGCAAUAGGAGUUAAGCCCCCCAGAGGUAUCCUGCUUUACGGCCCUGCAGGUACUGGGAAAACCCUUGUGGCCCGAGCAGUAGCCAAUGAAACUGGUGCCUUCUUCUUCCUAAUUAACGGUCCUGAGAUCAUGAGCAAGCUGGCAGGGGAGUCUGAAAGCAACCUGAGAAAAGCGUUUGAGGAGGCAGAGAGCAACGCCCCGGCCAUCGUCUUCAUUGAUGAGCUGGAUGCCAUCGCUCCUAAGCGAGAGAAGACUCACGGUGAGGUGGAGAGGCGCAUUGUAUCUCAGCUCCUGACCCUGAUGGAUGGUUUGAAGCAAAGAGCUCAUGUUGUUGUGAUGGCAGCAACCAACCGGCCGAACAGCAUUGAUUCGGCUCUGAGACGCUUCGGCAGGUUUGAUCGAGAGAUCGACAUCGGGAUCCCCGAUUCCACUGGCAGACUGGAGAUCCUGCAGAUCCACACCAAAAACAUGAAACUAGCAGAUGAUGUCGAUCUGGAGAAGAUCGCCAUGGAAACACAUGGACACGUUGGCGCCGACCUGGCUGCUUUGUGCUCAGAAGCUGCUUUGCAAGCAAUACGCAAGAAGAUGACGCUCAUCGAUCUGGAGGACGAAACCAUCGAUGCCGACCUGCUCAACUCUCUGGCUGUCACCAUGGACGACUUCCAAUGGGCACUGAGUCAAAGCAACCCAUCGGCUCUCAGAGAGACAGUUGCAGAGGUUCCUCAGGUCAACUGGGAGGACAUCGGUGGUCUCAACGAGGUCAAGCGAGAGCUCCAGGAGCUUGUUCAGUAUCCAGUGGAGUACCCUGACAAGUUCCUGAAGUUUGGGAUGACGCCGUCUCGUGGGGUUCUGUUCUACGGGCCUCCGGGCUGCGGGAAAACGCUCCUGGCGAAGGCCAUUGCCAACGAGUGUCAGGCUAACUUUGUGUCCAUCAAAGGGCCUGAGAUGCUCACCAUGUGGUUUGGAGAAUCCGAGGCCAACGUCAGAGAUGUGUUUGAUAAGGCCAGACAGGCAGCCCCCUGCAUCUUGUUUUUUGAUGAAUUGGACUCCAUUGCCAAGUCCAGAGGAGGGGGGGCGGGGGACGCCGGCGGUGCCGCCGACAGAGUCAUCAACCAGAUUCUAACUGAGAUGGACGGCAUGUCAGACAAAAAGAAUGUUUUUAUCAUCGGUGCCACAAACAGGCCGGACAUCAUAGACCCAGCCAUCCUGCGGCCAGGCCGUCUGGAUCAGCUCAUCUACAUCCCGCUUCCCGACAAACCUUCUCGCACAGCGAUUCUUAAAGCCAAUCUGCGCAAAUCACCUAUCGCAAGAGAUGUGGAUCUAGAAUUUCUCUCUGGCAUCACUGAGGGUUUCUCUGGAGCUGACCUGACAGAGAUCUGCCAGCGAGCUUGUAAGCUGGCCAUCCGUGAGGCCAUCGAAGCUGAGAUUAAGGCUGAGCGUCAGAGGCAGAGCAGACCAGGAAUCCCCAUGGACGAGGACUUCGAUCCGGUCCCAGAGAUCAGGAAAGACCACUUUGAAGAGGCGAUGCGUUUUGCCCGCCGCUCCGUCAGUGACAACGACAUCCGCAAAUAUGAGAUGUUUGCUCAGACUCUGCAGCAGAGCCGAGGUUUCGGGAACUUCAGAUUUCCAUCUGCUACCGGCACCCGAUCUGGGGGUCAGGGGUCAGGUUCUACAUCAGAGAGGCCGAGUCUGUACAGAGAGGAAGGGGAUGACGAUCUCUACCAGUGAUGAUGAUGAUGCUUUGGUUCUAUUAGUGACAAAACACUAGGGAUUAACAAUUGUUUGUCUAAACAUGUUACUGAUAGAUAAGACA